CAUUGAAAAUCGUCCUCCACAGAUAUGUAACUACCUGUUCUAAAUCCUAGCAAUCCAGCUGCGAGUUUCCUACUGAGCUUUCAGCACACCGAGUCACCAUUCAAGCAAGGCAGCAAACAGAGAAGAGCAUCAUUCGAACGCUGAUCACAACCGUCUUGAGUGAACACGUCGGCCUGAGAUGGCGGGAGCUCGCCCGGGACCUGGAUAUCAGGAAUGUCGAGUUGGACGAAAUCGAACGAAGGUGUAACAUCAACCUUAGAGGACUGAGGGAGAUGGCUGUGGAGAGUCUGCUGCUGUGGCUGGACAGACAGGUGUACUGGCCAAACAUCUUUGACGUGUGGUGGGCACUAAAGAACAUGAAGAUGGAUGAUGUGGCAGAACUACUUUUGGAGAAACUAACUGAGGAGCGAACUCUUGCCAACGUGACAGAUGAUGUUGGGGACAAAGUGGAAGCGAGCGCGGAACACAUGGAGGAGCAGGAGGAAGACAAAGAGGUUGGAGCUAGCGGUGUAACAGUUGGCAUGUCCUUCUUCAAGAGAUUCCAGAAACUGUUCAUCUCCUCACCAGUGUUUCGUUGGCUGAGGAAGUUCAAGUUCGAUGCCUUCGUGUCGGCCAACCAGCGUGACUUCCCCUGGGUGGAUGAGUGGGUCCAGCAGUUGGAGUCUCCACCACACAACCUGAAGAUCUGUGUCCACCACAGGGACUUCAAGAGCGGCGUGCCGAUUCCUCACAACAUCGACUGGGCAGUAGCGAACAGUAGGAAGAUUCUCAUAGUUCUCUCCCCUAACUUUCUGUCCAGUAACUGGUGUAAGUUUGAGCUCAAGGCAGCCAUUGAGAAAGAACUAAAAAGCGACAAGUACUGUGUACUGCCCGUGUUGAAGUCUAAGUGUGAGAUUCCUGAUGAGUUAGCUCUUCUGACAUACCUGGACUGUACAGACGGUAAUGUUGAUGUAGCCAAGCUGGCAAGUGACAUCAAAUCCAAAGUAAGGAAGAGGGCAAGUUUUGCCAGUUCACCCAAGAGGAAACGAUUCAAGUAUGACCACAAAGAAAGGGACUACGGACCAUCAUUUUAGACAACAUGUGUGGCAUUCCUUUCUGACAAUAAACGUCAAAGCUGAUAAUGCUGAGAAAGUAAUUGUUGAUGAAUAGCACAUAUAAUUAAUACGUUCCUUGUCGGACACCAAUUACACAACCUUUUUUGUUGAGGACAAUAAAACAUUUACUUUUGCUGACAAAUCAAUUGUUAAUAGCUACAAUAUAUCAUUUCACCAUACGAGACAACAUAACCAAUUAAGGCCAAACAAGACUUAAUCCACACAAAACAAUUCUCAAUAGCGUAUAGAGGCCCCAUCGUCUGGAACAAGUUAAGUCA